AUGAGCCCCAUUAUCCGACGCAUUGCUGUGCUAUUUGUAUUCGCUACCUUUGUCAUCCUUGCCUUUCGUCAACUCAGCGCCCGAAACGGACUCCCUCUGCCGACCUUCACCUCGUCGACCCGAAUCGAUCACGCCGUGCAAUGGAAGAGCAUACCGGUGCGAAACCCGGUAUCAUCGCUAGCUCCUCUCCCCACUGGCGCCCCGGUCGCCAUCCCGAGAAUCCAACAUGAAUUUGGCAUUGAGACGGAACACACCAAGGCGGAGAGAUUGCAUAGACAAGCUGCUGUAAAGAAGGCAUUCUUACACAGUUGGGGAGGAUAUAAGACCCACGCGUGGCUACAGGAUGAAGUCACUCCGGUAACAGGAGGCUUCAAGAACGGCUUCGGGCAGCGAGGAGCAACUUUAGUUGACACCCUGGAUACCUUGAUCAUCCUAGGGUUAGAAGAGGAAUUUGAGGAGGCCGUACAUGCCAUCAAGAAGAUUGACUUCACCACUGCAGGUGUCGCGCGUCUGAACGUCUUCGAGACUACGAUCCGCUAUCUGGGGGGUCUUCUGAGCGCAUACGAUCUAAGCAAGGCGAAGCACCAUGCAUUACUACACAAGGCGACCGAGUUGGGGGAUAUGCUCUACGCCGCCUUUGACACGCCGAACAGGAUGCCCAUCACCCGAUGGGACUGGGAGAAUGCUGCUUUAAACGGCCACCAAGAGGCUGAUACGCAAGCGCUCAGCGCCGAGAUAGGAUCGCUGUCACUCGAAUUCACCCGCUUGUCGCAGCUUACCGGCGAUGCGAAGUACUACGACGCGAUAGCGAGAAUCACCGACGUGCUCGAAAAGCAUCAGAACCGGACGAAGAUACCUGGCUUAUUCCCAAUACUGGUCAGUCCAGGUCGGGAGGAAUACAACGUCGACGGAUCAUUCACAAUGGGUGGAAUGACUGAUUCGCUGUACGAAUACUUGCCGAAGCAGCACUUGCUCCUCGGGGGUCUGACAGACCAAUACCGGAAGCUAUACGAGCGCGCCAUCGAGCCAGCGAAAGAGCAUCUGUUCUUCCGGCCCAGGAUACCCCAGGGUGACAACAUCCUCGUCUCUGGCGAUGCGCGAAUCAGCACCUCAGGCACUGUCAAGCUCGAACCCAACGGCCAGCACCUCGCUUGCUUUACGGGUGGCAUGGUUGCUUUGGGCGCAAAGAUCUUCAAUCGGACGGAUGAGCUAGACGUCGCUCGCAAGUUAGUGGACGGGUGCACCUGGGCUUAUGAUACUAUGCCUACGGGUAUCAUGCCGGAAACCUUCCGGAUGAUGCCGUGCUUUGGAGAAGAAGAUUGCGCGUGGGAUGUGGAGAAAUGGCAUGCCUCUGUCAGGUACUCUUACUCUAACAACAUCCACGCGGAGCAUUAUGACGUUCAAGACGUCAUCAAGGAGGUAGGGCUGCAACCGGGCUUCUCUAAGAUUGGGGACCCGCGAUUCUUGUUACGCCCAGAAGCCAUCGAAUCAGUAUUCGUCCUCUAUCGUAUCACCGGCGACACCACCCUCCAAGACACUGCCUGGCGCAUGUUCGAGGCCAUCAACAACGCCACUCAUGCAGAGUUCGCUCAUUCUGCCAUCGCCGACGUCACAAUACCACAAGGGCAAGAGACACUCAAGUUGGAUGAAUGUGAAAGCUUUUGGAUGGCGGAAACUCUAAAGUAUUUCUAUUUGAUCUUCAGUGAGCCAAGCCUUGUCAGCUUGGACGAAUAUGUAUUCAACACUGAAGCACAUCCACUGCGCCGGCCGCAUUAG